UGGUCGGCGCGGCCCGGCGCAGGCCGCCUGCGGAGCGCGCGGGGUCCCGCCAGCGCCCCGAGGUCCUCUGCCCGGUCCGAGGCCGCCAGCCGCAGGCCUGGCCGCCCCGCCGCGGGGCGAGCUUCUCCUCAGGGCUAUGUCGCGGCCGAGCAGCGUCUCCCCGCGGCCGCCGGCGCCCGGGGCCGGGGCCGGGGGCGGGGGCGCGGCGAGUGUCCGCGGGGGCGGCGGCCGGGCCAAGGGGCUGAAGGACAUCCGCAUCGACGAGGAGGUGAAGAUCGCCGUCAACAUCGCCCUGGAGCGCUUCCGCUACGGGGACCAGCGAGAAAUGGAAUUUCCUUCUUCUUUGACCAGUACUGAAAGAGCCUUUAUUCAUCGAUUGAGUCAAUCUCUUGGUUUGGUCUCUAAAAGUAAAGGAAAGGGAGCAAAUAGAUACCUAACUGUGAAGAAGAAAGAUGGAUCAGAAACAGCUCAUGCAAUGAUGACCUGUAAUUUGACUCAUAAUACAAAACAUGCUGUUAGGAGCCUAAUUCAAAGAUUUCCUGUCACCAAUAAAGAGCGUACUGAACUUCUGCCUAAAACAGAAAGAGGAAAUGUGUUUGCAGUUGAAGCUGAAAACCGGGAAAUGAGCAAGACAAGUGGACGACUCAACAAUGGCAUACCUCAGAUUCCAGUGAAAAGAGGAGAAUCCGAAUUUGAUUCUUUCAGGCAGUCUCUGCCAGUGUAUGAGAAACAAGAAGAAAUUGUUAAAAUAAUUAAGGAAAAUAAAGUAGUUCUGAUUGUAGGAGAAACUGGGUCUGGGAAGACUACACAGAUUCCUCAGUUCCUUUUAGAUGAUUGUUUUAAGAAUGGUAUUCCUUGCCGUAUAUUUUGUACUCAACCAAGACGAUUAGCAGCUAUUGCUGUGGCUGAAAGAGUUGCUGCGGAAAGAAGAGAAAGAAUUGGUCAAACCAUUGGAUAUCAGAUCCGUUUAGAAAGCAGGGUUUCUCCAAAGACACUUCUGACAUUUUGUACUAAUGGGGUAUUGCUUCGUACAUUGAUGGCAGGAGAUAGUACAUUGUCAACUGUGACACAUGUUAUUGUGGAUGAGGUACACGAAAGGGAUCGAUUCAGUGACUUUUUACUUACAAAGUUAAGAGACUUGUUGCAGAAGCACCCAACUUUGAAACUAAUUCUUUCUAGUGCUGCCUUGGAUGUAAAUCUUUUUAUAAGAUACUUUGGAAGUUGUCCAGUGAUAUAUAUACAGGGAAGACCAUUUGAAGUGAAAGAAAUGUUUCUGGAAGACAUUUUAAGAACUACUGGAUAUACAAACAAAGAAAUGUUAAAAUACAAAAAGGAAAAACAGCGAGAAGAGAAACAACAGAGCACACUUACUGAAUGGUACACAGCUCAAGAAAAUGCUUUCAAGCCUGAAUCCCAAAGGCAGAGAACUGUUCCGAAUGUGACUGAAGAGUAUGAUUUAUUGGAUGACGGUGGUGAUGCUGUCUUCAGUCAGUUGACAGAAAAAGAUGUGAAUUGCCUUGAACCAUGGUUAGUAAAGGAAAUGGAUGCUUGUCUUUCUGACAUAUGGCUGCAUAAAGACGUUGAUGCCUUUGCUCAGGUCUUUCAUCUUAUUUUAACUGAAAAUGUUAGUGUUGAUUAUAGGCAUAGUGAAACCAGUGCCACAGCUCUGAUGGUUGCUGCAGGACGGGGUUUUUCAAGUCAAGUAGAGCAAUUAAUUAGCAUGGGAGCCAAUGUCCAUAGUAAAGCAUCAAAUGGCUGGAUGGCAUUAGAUUGGGCUAAACACUUUGGGCAGACUGAAAUUGUGGAUCUUCUAGAAUCUUACAGUGCUUCAUUGGAAUUCGGAAAUCUAGAUGAAAGUUCUUUGGUUCAAACAAGUGGAAGUGACCUCAGUGCUGAAGACAGAGAGCUCCUGAAAGCUUAUCAUCAUAGUUUUGAUGAUGAAAAAGUGGACUUGGAUUUGAUCAUGCACCUUCUGUACAAUAUCUGCCAUAGUUGUGAUGCUGGUGCAAUAUUAAUUUUCCUACCUGGGUAUGAUGAAAUUGUUGGACUGAGAGAUCGAAUACUAUUUGAUGAUAAGCGUUUUGCUGACAAUACACAUAGAUACCAAGUCUUUAUGCUUCAUUCAAAUAUGCAAACAUCUGAUCAAAAGAAGGUUUUAAAAAACCCACCUGCAGGUGUUCGAAAAAUAAUUCUUUCCACCAAUAUUGCUGAAACCAGCAUCACAGUCAAUGAUGUGGUCUUUGUUAUUGAUUCUGGCAAGGUGAAAGAGAAAUCCUUUGAUGCAUUGAAUUUUGUUACAAUGUUAAAAAUGGUAUGGAUUUCCAAAGCUAGUGCCAUACAGCGGAAAGGCAGGGCUGGACGAUGCAGACCUGGAAUUUGUUUCCGGCUAUUUAGUAGACUCCGAUUCCAGAAUAUGUUGGAAUUUCAGACUCCAGAACUCUUGAGAAUGCCAUUACAGGAACUUUGUUUACAUACCAAGCUGUUAGCCCCAGUUAAUUGUCCUAUUGCUGAUUUCCUUAUGAAAGCUCCUGAACCUCCACCAACUUUAAUUGUAAGAAAUGCUGUACAAAUGCUUAAGACAAUAGAUGCAAUGGAUACAUGGGAAGAUCUCACUGAACUCGGAUAUCAUUUGGCUGAUUUGCCAGUAGAGCCACAUCUUGGCAAAAUGGUCCUGUGUGCUGUUGUUUUAAAGUGUCUGGACCCCAUUCUUACGAUCGCCUGCACCCUAGCCUAUCGCGAUCCUUUUGUCUUACCUACCCAGGCCUCUCAAAAACGUGCAGCUAUGCUUUGUAGGAAACGUUUCACUGCAGGAACUUUCAGUGACCAUAUGGCUCUUCUGAGAGCGUUCCAGGCAUGGCAGAAAGCACGAAGUGAUGGUUGGGAGCGAGCCUUUUGUGAAAAGAAUUUCCUUUCACAAGCUACCAUGGAAAUAAUCAUAGGCAUGAGAACUCAGUUGCUUGGUCAACUAAGAGCAUCAGGUUUUGUUAGAGCACGAGGUGGUGGUGAUAUUCGAGAUGUUAACACAAAUUCCGAGAACUGGGCUGUCGUUAAAGCUGCAUUGGUGGCAGGCAUGUAUCCUAAUUUAGUCCAUGUGGACAGAGAAAAUGUAGUAUUGACAGGGCCAAAGGAGAAAAAAGUGCGGUUUCAUCCCACAUCAGUUCUCAGUCAGCCUCAAUAUAAAAAGAUUCCUCCAGCCAAUGGUCAAGCUGCAGCAAUUCAGGCGCUUCCCACAGAUUGGCUUAUUUAUGAUGAAAUGACCAGAGCACAUAGAAUAGCUAAUAUUAGAUGUUGUUCAGCAGUGACACCUGUCACUGUAUUGGUGUUCUGUGGACCAGCGAGGUUGGCAAGUAAUGCUCUUCAAGAACCUUCAUCAUUCAGAGCCGAUGGUAUUCCUAAUGACAGUAGUGACAGUGAAAUGGAAGAUAGAACUACUGCUAAUUUGGCAGCUUUGAAACUUGAUGAGUGGUUCAAUUUCAAACUAGAACCAGAGGCAGCCAGUUUAUUGCUGCAGCUUAGACAAAAGUGGCACAGCUUAUUUUUACGCCGAAUGAGAGCUCCAUCCAAACCUUGGUCUCAAGUUGAUGAAGCUACCAUAAGAGCAAUUAUAGCUGUUUUAAGCACUGAAGAACAGUCUGCAGGUUUACAACAACCCUCUGGGAUUGGUCAAAGACCAAGGCCUAUGUCUUCAGAAGAACUUCCUUUGGCAUCAUCUUGGAGGUCAAAUAAUAGUAGGAAAACUUCAGCAGAUAUCGAAUUUUCUGAGGAGUCUGCUACUGCAGAAAGAGUAUUGAUGAAAUCCCCAUCUCCAGCACUACAUCCACCUCAGAAGUUCAAAGAUAGAGGAAUACUGCAUCCUAAACGAAGCACUGAUGAUCGGUCAGAUCAAUCUUCUGUGAAAUCUACAGACAGUAGUAGUUACCCAAGUCCUUGUGCUAGUCCUUCUCCUCCUUCCUCAGGAAAGGGCUCAAAAUCUCCUUCACCAAGACCAAACAUGCCUAUUCGAUACUUCAUAAUGAAGAGUAGCAAUUUGAGAAACCUUGAAAUUUCUCAGCAGAAGGGUAUCUGGUCUACAACCCCUAGUAAUGAGCGGAAACUAAAUCGAGCCUUUUGGGAAAGCAGCAUGGUUUACUUGGUAUUUUCUGUUCAAGGAUCUGGACAUUUCCAGGGAUUUUCUAGGAUGUCUUCUGAGAUAGGAAGGGAGAAGAGCCAGGAUUGGGGUUCAGCUGGAUUAGGAGGAGUAUUUAAGGUGGAGUGGAUACGAAAAGAAAGUCUUCCCUUUCAAUUUGCACACCAUCUACUCAAUCCCUGGAAUGACAACAAGAAAGUCCAGAUUAGCAGAGAUGGGCAGGAGCUAGAACCUCAGGUUGGUGAACAGUUGCUCCAGUUAUGGGAACGUCUUCCAUUGGGAGAAAAAAGCACAACUGAUUGAUUCCCCGGUACCUCACUUGAAUGACUAACACCUGCAUUUGUGAUUCUUAGGUUGUUUUUCAGAUUAUCUUUUCUUCCUUUUUUCAUUUUAAUCUUUCUAGAACCCUUCUUAUGGAAGAACAUCAUACCUAUUUAUAACUUCUGAGUGCACUGACUUCCACAGACUGAGAAGGGGUUGUGUUUAUAGAUUUGCUAUUCUGUUUUAGACUGUUGUUUUAGAACCAUUAUCUUCAUAUGAAGAGAAAACAAUAAUUUAAAUUUUUAUAGUAAUCAUAGGGAAUGAUUGUGUAAUAUUUGUUACUGUAUGUUUAUAAUUGAAUAAAAUAAUUUCAUUUUUUGACAAAGCAGCAGUUAUUUUAAACAUGCUUAAUUUGAAGUUAAGCAGUUCAUUUGUGUGAAACACUAAAUACUCUUAUUGGUGAUUUUAUUUACAUGCAAAGUAAAUUGUUCACACUUCAGAAAGACCUGAAUAUGUCCGUACAUCUGAGCAUGAUUAAGAUUUAUCAUCAACAAACAGGCAAGCAAAACAAGCAGAUAAAUUCCAGAAAUGUCCCUUUUAAACAUAGUGUGUGCUGAUUAAGACAGUUCAUUAUGUGAUUAUGAAAUGCAGAAAAAUCUGAAGAAAGGCAGAGUUCCUCCCUGUCUUUGAUCAAUCGGGUAAGUGCUUAGUUUUAUUCCUAGUUCUUCCAGUUUUAACUUGAUGGUUAUCAUAUCCUUUUAUUCCCCUUAUUACAGUCUUCACAUGGCUCUUACAUGAGCACAAUAAUUAUGACCUGUUUUGGCUAGGGAAACUUGAUUAAACAAUUUAAAUAUUUAAACAAGUUAUGCAAGUUUAAAAAACAACUCAACAGAAGUAGUAGCUUAGUAGUUAUGUCUUCAAAACUGAAGCCCACAAGCACCACAUUUUUAAUGUUUUCGAUUUUUCGAGCACUUUUUAUUCAUGUUUUCAGAUAAGAUUUUUCUUUUUGUGUAUUUAUGAUUUAAUAAAUGAGGGAUAACUUUUUGUAAUCCUGUGUUAGUGCCAACUCUAAUAAUUCUUUGCCAUCUCAGAAUUAUUUGAUCUCUUUUUUUCACCGUUGUAUAAAUUAGAGACUUGUAGAAAACUAGAGGUUCAGGGGAAAAUCAAAGAAAUACCUUGGUUACUGAGCUCUAAAUAGAACAGAUUUAAUAGCACUUAUGAUACCUUUUGGUCACUGAAUCUAUUUGAAAGACAAAAAGAAAGUCUAAGUUGUCUGUUUUCAUACAGUGGACAAUGUAUUGAAGAUAAGAAUGAAAAAUCUUGGGUCAUUAUAAAAUCUUGAGAACGCUUCUACUUUUUCUGGGGAAGUAUUACAGGUACAUUAGUUCAGAAUAUUAGUUACAAUUUUUGCCUUUAUUUGUAGUUAUUGGGUUUUUUAUUUUGUUUUAUACUUUGAAAUAUACCUGUAAUUUACACCAAUGUGAAUUAUGUUCCACUAUAUGUGUAUCAGAGUUACUUUCCUAUUAAUACAACUUGUUUUUCUGAUAAUGUAUACAUUUCAUUUAGAUAAAUAUUUAACAGUUACAGUGUACUAAAUUUGGAAGUAAGGACUUAAAAAAAAAUCUUGUUUUAGUUUCCAUUUGUUUUCUAAUAGCCAACGCUGUAUAUAAAUGAUGAAUUUGGUGAUAUUUAAAAUGAACACACUUUGAAUGUAAUUAAAAUGCUGUUUCUGGAAAAGUUGAACUUUAAAUAUACUU